AUGGAAUCUCUUGGACCUGCCCGCUGGUCGUCAAUUCGACCUUGGAUUCCUCCAUUGUCACUUUCCGUGCGCGAAAUAACCUCUGUUUCGGUCACCUUCGUUCUGUCUGCAGCCACCUCGGAUCAGAACUCAGAGACUGAAUUGUCUCUUGCUGAUCUUGGGCUCUCUGCGGAGGAUAUGCAUGAAGACGAGGAUGUAGCUGAUGAUGAGGAUACGAGCACCUCGGAGUUGGAUGCAAAGAAACCAUUAUCUAUGGUUUCCAGCGCCCUGAAUGGAGGUUUAUCUGUGGAAGUGGACAGAAGCUCAUGGAGAAGGGUUUUUAUCCGAAUAGACGACAAGGCAGACGAAGCUGUGAUCAUAGUAUAUGGGCUUCUACCUGGUCGCCAGUAUGAAAUCGUCCUUGAGCUUGUGCAAGGUGGACAUACGAAUAGCAUCAGACAACAGGUCACUACUGAAGAGAACGAAACCAAAGACGCGUCUCAUGCCUCGGAUAGCGACUCUACUUCGAAAUCCACAGCAGCCUCUUCGUCUAGUGACAUCAAUGUUCUCAACACCUCCGCUCAACCUAGCCCUCCAUCGGAUAGUAACGGAAGUUCUCCUCAGCCGAGUUCAUCACCCGGAUAUGGUUUUGCGCCCCUCACUCUGGAGGAUCGUCUUAACCAACUUCAGCACACCCUUUCUGUUCUGAAUUCGGAACAGGCUUCGCUUACAGCCACGAUCAAGUCCUCACGGCGUGAUGCUCAGAAAGCAGAUGCCAAUCUACGCUCUGAAAUCGACGUCCUGAAGCGAGCAUCGGAUCGUUAUCUGUCUUCGGAACAACGCUCCAAGCAGAAAGUCCUUGCUUUACAGGAAGUUGUUAAGCGAACGCAGAUAAUUACAAAGGAGAUGGAAGCGACAAUUAAAGAAGUAAAUGCCGAGAUCCCAGGUUUGAAGGAAGAGAAACAAAAACGGGAGGCAGAG